AUGAGUUUAUUUGAGUGGGUCUUCGGGAAGAGUGUAACUCCUCAAGAAAGACUCAAAAAGAAUCAAAGGGCAUUAGAGAGAACCCAACGUGAAUUAGAGAGAGAAAAGAGAAAGUUGGAAGCACAAGAGAAGAAAUUGAUACAAGAUAUUAAAAAGGCAGCCAAGAAUAAUCAAAUUAGUGCUGCAAAGAUUAAAGCUAAGGAUUUAGUUCGUACAAGAAGCUAUGUAUCCAAGUUCAAUAACAUGCAAACACAGUUACAAGCUAUCUCCUUAAGAAUCCAGGCUGUCAGAAGUAGUGACCAAAUGAGUAGUUCUAUGCGUGAAGCUACAGUUCUUCUUGCAGGAAUGAAUAGAUCUAUGAAUUUACCACAGUUACAAAAAAUCUCUAUGGAAUUCGAGAAACAAAAUGAAUUAAUGGAUCAAAGACAAGAGUUUAUUGAUGAAGCUAUUGACGGUGUUAUGGAAGAUGACGAAUUCAAUGAAGAUGAAGAGGCCGAUGAGAUUGUUAAUAAGGUUCUGGAUGAAAUAGGAGUUGAUUUGAAUACUGAAUUAGCAAAUGCACCAAAUGGACAAUUAGGAUCGGCUGUUGGUCUUGAGGAGUCUCAUCAGAUCGCAAACCCAAAGUCUUUGUUGGCUGAAGGUGGAACCCCUGGUGGAGGACCAUCUGAUCCAGAUAGUGACCUACAGGCCCGUUUAGAUAGUCUGAAGAGACAAUGA